UAUUGAAAAUAUUAUAACACGUAACAUGGGCGCUGACAUCUUGGAUCUCAUUCCCGUACAAAACGAGAAAUUUACCUUUGUACUUCCUUUUCCGGUUGCGGUGAAAACAUCAGCAAGAUGUUGAUGCCCAAGAAGAACCGUGUGUCCAUCUACGAAUACUUAUUCAAGGAGGGAGUCCUAGUAGCCAAAAAGGACUUCACGGCUCCAAAACAUCCAGAAAUUGAUGUCCCCAAUCUGCAUGUGAUAAAAGCUCUGACAUCAUUGAAGUCACGGGGUUAUGUAACAGAACAAUUCGCAUGGAGACAUUUUUACUGGUACCUGACAAAUGAAGGUAUUCAGUACCUGCGAGAUUUCCUUCAUCUGCCUGCAGAAAUCGUUCCAGCUACAUUGAAACGUCAGACCAGGCCAGAGACUGCCAGACCAAGACCUAAAGAAUCUUAUGGUGGUGAGGGACAGAGAGCUCAGGCACAGGACAGACAGGAGUACAGACGUGCAGCUGGACCACCUGGUGGUGACAAGAAAGCUGAUGCUGGUGCCGGUGGUGGAGACUUCCAGUUUAGAGGAGGUGCUGGAAGUGGUGGGCCAUCACGAGGUGGAUUUGGACGAGGCCGUGGAGGAGGUUUUGGAGCUCCCCCUGCUCCAGGUGGAGGACAAUAAGUCAAUUUCUGUGUACAUACAAAGAAAAAAAUAAAGAGAAAAAGACCAA